AUGAACAUCUUUGCUUCAAUGAAACGAAAGGACAGAAUGCUGAAACUCGAGACGAAAAGGAUUGAAGUUAUCGAUGGGAGAGAGAAGAACCUGGAGAAAGAUCUGAAUACCUUCAAGACGUUCCUGCAAUACCAUGGAAUGGACAAGCACGUUCUCAUAGACGAGGUUCCCCUUACAUUGGGGUUUAAUGGUGUCAUCUCGCCAGAAGUCCUUUAUAAUCAUUGGAGAUGGAUUCUGAAUAUAAAGAGGCACCUGAAGUCAAUCACUGUCUCCUUCAGAACAAAUGAUCAGUCUUAUGUCAGGGAUUUCCUGCUUAAGGAAUUCAAAUCUGAAAGGGAAAGCCCUAUCAAAGUCCUCCGCAAAGUAAAGAGGAAUAGUAAAGCUAUAUCAGAGCUCUUCUUGGCCAUUGGUGAUUUCUCUAGGCGGGUUUUCUUAUCUUCUGAAAAUUCCUUGAAAAUGGAUAUGACGGUCUGCGAUGGAUAUAUUCCUCGCUUAUUCGCAAUUCCCUCAUGUCAGGUCCUCCAUCGCGAAUGUAAGAACAAAGCAGUUUGUGAGGCAGUGAGGGUCUUUGGUGCUAUUCAGACCAUUUAUGAAGAAUGCUCUAAGGCAACUAAUAAGAUGGCGGUCUUCAUCGUUGUGAAUGACGAGAUGAGGAAGAAUGCUCUCGUGAACAUUCUUGCAUCCUCCAACCGUCCCAUCCCUUUCCUCUUCAACGGCCUAAGUACCACAUGGAGAUGGUAUGGAAAGUCCGCACCAGGGGAUUCGUUCCCCCUCGUCGUCGUCACUGAAGACGAAAUGAUAGGGAGUCAUGUGAAGAACGUCGUAGUCGUUGUCGAUUUCCCAAAUUCAAAGUGGAGAAACUAUUGUCGACUGAUAGCAACCACCGGCAAUAACAAGAUCCUUGUACUUGAAGAAGAGGAUCUGAUCACAGGAAAGUUCUCUCAUGUCAAAGAAAAAAUCCCGGAAAUGAGAUACGACCCAGUUUCGAAAUGUGAUGACGUACAUGUAAAUCUAGAAAGUGCUUGGAAACGGAAUGGUAAGGCGAUUAAUGAACUGGAGUGGAGUGACUUUACCCCAGCGUCCUCGCCGCCACUUAUCGAACUUGAUGGGAAUGUAUGGGAAAAGGAGGACGAAGAGCACUCACAAAAGAUGCUGCAAUAUUGGUUCACCGGAAUAUUUGGCUGCCCGGCCUCAGGGAAAUCCAGGAAAAUAGAUACGUUGAUUCGACGAGUAGUGCAGCUGGGAGGGCGAGUCCUUCUUCUCCACUGUGAAAGGUCGCUCACUCGGAAAGUCUACCGACAGGGCUGGAAUUCGCAAGAGAACGUGGAGAUUGUUUAUUUUCCAUGGCAAAUCACUUCUCUUCAGGACAUAAUCGACAGCUUCGAGGUUAAGAUGAUGAAGGAGAAGGUGGGGACAGAUUCUUUGGUUGUAAUCGUCGAUGACUGUCCCAUAUGGAACGCUAUAGUGCAUGAGUUAGAAAAUGUUGCGAUAUGGUUGAAGCAAGAAAAUAUGAGGCUGAUUCUCUCAUUCCAGUCGCACUCGAAGAAUGCGAACGAUAUUUCCCUGGAAGAAAUCAUGGAAGUGCUGGAAAAUAGCCAGAACUGCACAGCCAUCCGAAUCAAUACUCAGCCGACGGACGUGCGACUCAUGAGUCACGUGCAAGAGAAUGAGACCUCCACGCCUUUAAACUUGAUGGCAGGAAACUUGUAUACUUCCUCGAUACCCAGUACUUCUGUUCGAGAAGACGUCUUAUUCAUGAAGUACGCAUGCUCAGGAAGUCAUUGGGGGUACAUUUGCAGAGGAAAAGAAUCACAUGCUCUUUGUAUUGGGAACCAGAAACCUGUCCUCUCCCAUUUCCUCGAAUUUGCCCUUUCUCAGGCACGUGAACAUGAAGAAACUCAUGUUUUAGUCUUAGAUGACCAGCAGUUGUCGGCCUUAAAGACGACCUUCACCAAACACGACUACCUUAGCUUCACCCAUCCAAAGGAUUUUCGUGGCUGUGAGAGUUCCGUUGUGAUCUCCAUAAAUGCCACUGAUGAGUGGUUGCUGGAAACCACAUCAAGAAGCAGGUUGCAAUUGAUUGUAAUAGACAACAACCCAUCUCAUGUUGACUUAUGGGACGCGAUGGUGAAAGAAAAGCGUGUCCAGCCCCUGCACGUGGGCUUUCCUAAAGAUAAACAGAACAGCUGCAUUGACCGGAAAACACUCCUAAGCCUUGAUGAUGAGAAAAAGUUCCUCAGGUGCCCGACCUGGAAUGAGGCUGCAAGUCGUAUGGGUGAAGAAGCAGUAGAAAGAGGUGGUAUCCUUGACGAGGACACCGGAGUCAUCCUCACUCUCUCAGAAGAGACAUGGGCAGCCAUCGACGAACACAUUUCUCGAUCUUCUUCCUCCCCUUUCACAGAUUGGGGAUAUGUGUGGGUCGGAGAGGAUGGGGAGGUGCCUCGAGUUGAUGAGGAAAAGAGGAAGAGAAUACUUGAUAAGCUAAGGCAGAGCGGGGUAGAGUGGGAAGAAGACUACCUCCCAACACCCCUUGAGAUGAAGGGGAUGAAGAAAGGGUGUGGAGUGUUGGAGUCUCUCUCUCUGACCCUCACAGGGUCGUUACUUCACCUUUCUCUCUUGGAGGUACAUUUCUAUCUCAAGAAGAAGGGAAGGAGGAACAAUUGGGGAUACUUCUCUUUGCCUGGGAUUCGGAGCGGCCGAUUCAAAUCACCCCUCUGCCACAACAACUGCAAGAACUGCUUCAGUUAA